UGUGUCCCAAUCAAGUCCACUGAGAGCAGCUUUUCUAAGGACAGCCCCUUUUACCUGACAUAGCAAUGAGCUGAUUUUUUUGUAUUGUAAUGAUGCAGCCAACCACUGGAAAGAGCCAGAGAGGCGUAUAUUCAGAGAAGCCUCAGUAGCCUAACUGUCUUUUUUUUUGUUCUGACUUAUAAAAUGGUGGAGAUUAAUAAAAUAAGUAAUGUAAACAUAUUAUCAGUAAUUACCAGUGCCAGAAAUGGGCACUGUAGUCUUCCGAGGGGCUAUUAAAAGGCAUCUGGGUCGACCCAUCAGUAAGCUGUCUUGUCAUGUCAUCUCUCUCUCUUCCCCCCUCCUUUUAUCUCUCUGCCUCCCUCUCAGCUGAUAGAGCUUAUUGAGGCCAAAUAGGCUUAGGAGCAUCGCUAUGGCAACAGGGAGUCAUAAGAGGCUUCAUCAAGCACCUCAUCAGGAGCUGUGAUCCGCUGUUUCCCUUUGAGACAGUGCCCCCAACCUCCUGGAACAAGAAACAACAGGCCAGGCUUCCCGGGAGGUAGGUGUGUGUGUGUGUGUGUGUGUGUGUGUGUGUGUGUGUGUGUGUGUGUGUGUGUGUGUGUGUGUGUGUGUGUGUGUGUGUGUGUGUGUGUGUGUGUGUGUGUGUGUGUGUGUUACUGUAUAAGACCGAUUAAGAGUGUGUGUGCUCAGAUAAUCCCCCUCCUGCUUGUGAAGUAUCAGAGUCCCGUGCGACCGACAGAAAUACGUCUUUCACCAACAUUUAUCUCUCUCUCUACAUCUGUCUUUUGGUCCAAGGACUUAUCAUAUAUACACUCCACUGUGAAUUCACUUCCUGCUAUAGGUCCCGAGACUAACAAGAGUUCAGCACAGGGUAAAAGGGGGACAAGGCGACAGCGGUGAUGGCCUCGUGGUUCAGUUGGAGCGGCGAGCCGAACUACCGGAGUCCACGGCGGGACCCAUCUGACGUGGUCACAGACACCCUGAUGCUAGAGCUCAGCUGGCAGCUGAAGGAGGCAGAGAGGAUGCAGCGUGAGAGGGACAACGAGUAUCGGCGCCUUCAGACAGGCGUGGACUACACCUGGCUGGUCAACACGCCACGCAACACAUACGAUGUGUCGGCUGGCGAGAGGCUGGGCCUGGAGGACCUGUGCUCCAAGGUGCAUCCAUCCUACUGUGGAACCGUCAUACUGAGGUUCCGCCAGGUGGUGACUGAGAACGAGCCAGAGAUGCAGGAGGUGUCGGCCCUUUUCCGCUCUGUCAUCCUUGAGGCCCUGGACCGCCUGAGGGAGGAGCAGGAGGCACAGCGGCUCUCGCGCCAGUGGAACAACAAGCGGGCCAUGAGCAUGUCUCUCAUGAACUUCAAGUCGCGCAUCAAAAUCAACCCCUUUGGCAGCACCGUGGGCCUGACCUCGACCAGGGGGGAGGGCGAGCUGAAGACGGUCUCAGAAGACGUGGAGAAGGCACUGGAAGAGAGGGCUGACAGGGCCCAGAGGGUUAGGAGCAUGCCUGACUUCAGACACAAAGGGCUUUACACUACCAAGGCCAUCUGAGCUGGGGAUCCACAAGACAGUGUUGUGGUUCAGUGGGGGAUGGAGAGAAGCUAGUGAGAUGUAGCCUAUAAUAAUCCCCCCGGAACCUGCCCAGUCUGCUUUGCACAAGAAUGGGGAGAAAUAGGAGACAUCUCUCCCAUCCUCUCAUUUGGCAGUAUGGGUUCAUCCCUAUUGAAUGCUUUUGACUGGGGAGCUAUGCUUAGAAUAUUUCACAAUGAGAUUGUCAGACACCUUAUUUGCUGUAGUGUUAUUGAAAUCUUUGUCUGGUAAAUUAGACAUUUUCAGUGCCUUUUCAACUUAAUACUUGGUAACUAUUUAUACUUAAAACAAAUUAACCAAUGAGACUUAAAUUAAAAGCAAUUAACAAGAAGUUCUGUGACAUUUUUAGAACUGUAAAAGGGAAGUGAUACUAAAAACAUCUUUAGACCGUUUUAUAGCUAAAGAAAUAAUUAUCACUGACUGCUCUAUUACACUAUGUUUAGCAUGAAAUUGUAUCGAUCUAAUUCUUUACAGUUGGAAUACAGGGCAUCUUGAUUCAC